AUGAAUGGUGGUUUCCGCAUAACUGGCUAUCCAGCUGUCGCCGCAGCGACAACCGCGGCCAGCGUCGUUGGCUCGACAACAACCAGCCGCACAACAUUGGCAGCGUGUAGCACGUCGACCAGCAGUAACAGUGGUGCAAUGAUGCACAAUGCCAACGGAAAUACGACGAAAAUUAACAACGAUGUUGCCGGCCAGGGCAGCAAUAGUAAUGCCUUUGCGAAACAUUAUAAUCCGCUGUGCACGCCAAAUGGCAGCAUUGCCAAUCAACAAGCGCAACAGCAGCAACAACAACAGCAGCACCAGUUUCAACUGAAACAAUUGCAAUUGCAACGCGAACAACGUGAACGCGCACUGGAUUUGCACAUCAGCGAAUAUCAACCGCCAACACCGACACAAUUUACCACCGUAGCGCCACCGCUUUGCGGCAACACAGCCGCACCGAUCGCUUUGAAAGGCAAUAAUCCCUUUUUGAAUAGCCCUUCGCCCACUGAAACAAUGCCUACAGCAGCAUUGGCAUUUGGCUAUGCGGCGCCUACCACAGCUGCUGCGUCUACGUUGCUGGCAUGCGGCAGCUCCGGAAGUUACGUCGCAAGCGGGCCAAGCAAUAGCGGCGGCUAUGAGGUGCCCGAAUAUGCGGAGCCACAACGUUUUCGCGCAAGCAAACAAGCGCGCCCGCAUAGCAUAGCCGUGGCGUCAAUGAGCACCAGCAUGGCGGCAACAAGCGCUACGCUGGCGUCUACUACACCCACUUCAGGUGGCGCGACUAGCUACAGCAGCAGUACCAACGAUUUAGCUUUCAGCACAUUGAGGCGUGGACCCAAGGCAUUACCGAACAGCUUUGUUGACUACGCCUCCAGACAGCAGCUACAGCAGGAAGAGCUGUUGCGUCAGCAGCACCAGCGCUUGUUGCAGUUUACACGAACGCAGCAGCAGUUACGCAGUGGCGGCGGCAGUAGCUCUAGCACUCCGGUUUCCACCGGCAAUGCGCCAACUUCUGCAGGCACGCCCACACCUGCCACUAGCGUAGACAAGGAGGCGUUGUACGCCGCGCUCUUUCAGCAGUAUCGCAAUAGUCCCACACGCACAGCACAUGGCACGCUGUCACAAAAGUUGGGUGUUGUUGGCGUGUCGCAGGCUUCGAAUAUGAUGAGCAACGCUGCGACGAGCACCGCCACGGCUACCACCAAUUACUGCCCACCUGUACCGCUACACCGUAAUCCAAGCGCGGUUAGCGCGACGCAGCAGCUUCAACAACAACAGCAGCCGUCGGGAGGCGCGCUGCUGCAGCAACCGAUAGUGCCACGUCGUUCGCAUAGCACGCCGCGUCCCUUGGAAGGCAUCAACGAACAGCAGCUGCCGCAAUCGCCACAACAACCGCUUUCGCCUGCUGUGAAUGGCGGCAUGCAGUUGAAUGGUGGCACUACGCCACGCCCACGCAGCUUAGAUCGCUUCAACAGCGAUGCUAAGCCUGUUGGUCUCUAUCAGCCACCCCCUAUACCACUGCGGCGGUUUCCACCAGGCGUCGCAAAUGCGCGUCAGUCCGUGGGCAGUCCACAGCCGGAUGCGAGCGGUGGCACGCCCAAGUUUAGUGGCAAAAAGAGCACCAGCAUUGAUAAUAUACGUAACGGCCUAUCUGCCACCAACAUUUCGGACGUCAAUGUGCUUGCCAAUGGCGCUGGAUUGGUCAGCAGUGCCAGCGGUGGCGGCGGAAUGCGACACUCGAUCACCUUUCACGGCCGUAGCCAGUCGGGACAGAUCAGCACAGAACAUGGUUUCAGCAACGAAGCGGCGGCAGUAAGCGCCGCUUGCACCGCGCUUGGCGCAACCAACGUCACCAGCUCGGCCACCUGGCAUAAGGGCGAACGGCCAAUUUCCUAUGCUUAUGGCGCAAGCGCACCUGACCAAGCGUACCUAGAAAAUCAGCUGCGCGCCUACUCAGAGCAACUGCGCACCAUAACAGAAAGCGUACGCAAGUACUCGGAGCAGGCAAAACUGCUAUCAGAGUUGAAGCGGCAGCAACAGCUAGCUAAGACGCAACAAUUGCAGCCAAAUAGCGGCAACGCUAACUCGCCCACAUUGAGUGGAAACAACGCAGGUAACGCGCCACAUAUUCUGCAUGUGCCAAGCACGCAGAGCGGUAGCACGUUUUCUUCCAACAUGAUUUCGCCGGAGAUCGUAAGUAAAUCGCUCGCAUCGCUUUGCUCUUCAGGCGAAGCGCAGACACCCUCACAUCAACUGCGACUCUUUCUCGAUAAUAUACGCAGCACGAUGCGUUCAGAGUAUCAGCAAAAUAUACCCGAGGAGAUGCUGAAACCCAUUACUGAGUCGAAAUCGCCAACGAGCUUGCAGCAGCAGCAGCCACAGUUGCAACCUCUACCGCAACCACCAAUACAGCUUGCACGUUCACAAGCCUCCACGCAACCGCCACAGUUAAUGGCCUACAAGCGUCCGAAUCUCGACGAUACGUUGCGCAGCGCGUCAGUGCAAUCGGUCGCAGUCGCUCCUACUGCCAACACAGCCACCAGCAAAGCACACGAAAGCGAACUACGCACACCUUCCGAUCAGUUACGCCUCUUUCUCGAUGCCAUACGCUCUAACAAGAUACCCGAAACAGAUGAGAAACCGAAAUUGGUCAAUUCACAAACACUUGACUCGUUCAUCUCGAAGCCACUACAAAUGCCCGACGUCACUUCUGGUACACCUGGCGCGCAGCUCGGCGGAGGCAUGCCACCAACACGUCGUCGUCCUAAAAGCGCAAUCGCCACCACGAAGUUGGAAAAUGAACGCGGCGAGCACUCGAUGAUCACCUCGGAAAGCUUCCAUCAGAUCUCCGAUAAUCUGCGUUUAAUGAGCGAAGACUUGAAGGCACUCAGUCCCAGCAAGGUGCUAGGCAGCUCUGCGAGCAGCGGUAAUUUGAGAGUGGCUGCAGGCAUGGUUUCCUCUCUCUCACCCUCGCUAACCUCCGAGCUGCGGGUCAUAACCAGCCAUUCACCACUAAGCACAUCACCGACUAACCGCCCUACGUCACACUAUGCCGCGUUGAGCCGGGAGAAUGUGAACAACUUCGGCGCCAAUUCGGCCAACAACAACUCGCCAUCGCCUUCACAAUCGACGCAUUCGCAAUCGACAAGCGCCACAACUACACCCUCGACCGCGCCGCUGAUGACCGACUUCAAUGCAAUACUCGAUAGCUUUCAGGAGAUGGCGGACAAGUACAAAUCCAAAGGUUCCUACGAUUACUUACGCAAAUGUUCCGAUGCGCUGCGUCAGCAUUCGCAGCAGCUGAAAUUGCGUGAACAACAGCAGCAGCAGCAACAAAUGGCCAAUGGUGGGAGCGGUGGUGGGGGUGGUUUUAUGGGUAGCGAUGAUAGCAGCUCGUGUAGCACAACGCCGGGUAGCAUACGUGAAGCGGUGCAAAAUCUACUCAUGCAACCGAGGAAUGGUUUCCAGAUACUGGACGAUCGAAUGCGGCUAUUUAUCGACAUCAUCGACAGUCAAGAACGACUGAGUCAG